AUGGAGGGGAAGGAUGUGAAGAGAGUCAUCAUAUUUGAUUUUGGAGUGAAGGCCCUCCCAGUGGGCAUCUGCUUUCCUGGUAUCAUCUUUAACUACUCUCAAGAGUGUUCUGGUUUAAACACGAAAUUAUACAAGUAUCCCGCUCUAAGUGAUGACUCCCGGGCCCUCGCUGAGAGAGGUUCCUACCUGGGGGAGAGGAAGGCUGAGGGCUGUGACACUGGGAGGAAGGCGCUGCAGCAUCUCCGGGGCAGGCGAGGUCACGGCAAGGAUGCUGGAUGCCAGAGCCUCGCUGUGUCUCAGCUGUGCUCACGGUUUGUCCUCCUCGUCACCUCCUCGUGCCGGAGAGCAGAGAGGAACGUCUCCCCUCUCGCUUUCUGA